CAUUUAGCUCUGGCAUCAGAAGACUGCAGACUGAACCUGGUACACAGUCUGAAACAAUGCAUUCUAUCAUGAUCCUUCUGGGUGUCUUGUUCGGCCUGCUGAGCCAGGUGUACACGCUACCUGUUAAGAAUUCUACUGGACUACAUGAGGGAAAAGUGAGGUUGAGACGGAAAUACUCAGACGAAUUUACAGACCGUGAUGACAUGAAUGCAAUGGAUCAAAUCCUGGAAGUCAACAGAAGGUUGCGAUUUCCCCGAGGAAUGUCCUUCAGAGACGGAGAUAUUGCCAGCUCGUAUUUUCGGAGUGCCAUAACCUGCCCUGGCAAUGCUUGUCUGUGGCCUAAAGCAGUUGAUGGAUUUGUUUAUGUUCCCUUCAUGCUCUCUCCAAUAUAUGAGGACAUGGACAGAAUCACCAUAGAAACUGGGAUGCAAGACAUUUCUGCUGGAACGUGUAUUAAAUUUGUUCCGCGCACUCAUGAGGCCAGCUUUCUUGAUAUUCAGCCUAGAUAUGGCUGCUGGUCGUUCCUUGGGCAGACUGGAGGAAGCCAGACCCUGUCACUGCAGACUCCUGGAUGCAUGUGGUCAGGAGUCGCUGCCCACGAGUUCAUGCAUGCUCUUGGUUUUGUACACGAGCAGUCUCGCUCAGAUAGGGACCACUAUGUCUCAAUUGUAUGGAAAAACAUCAUGCAAGACCAAGCUCAUAACUUCAGGAAGCAAGCAACAAACAAUCUCAAUAGUCCAUAUGACUACAACUCUGUCAUGCAUUAUGGAAGAUAUGCCUUCUCUGAAGAUGGUGGACCAACAAUCAUCCCCAGACCAGAUCCUUAUGUUCCCAUUGGCCAGCGAGAUGGACCCAGUAAUCUAGAUCUUCAUAAAAUAAAUGUCCUAUACAACUGUGGAGUCAACCAGUAACUGGAUCCAGAGUGUGUCAAGUUCUGUGGAAAAUGGUUAACUGUAUCUGCCGGUCAUAAGUACAUGUUAUGGGCUAAUGUAUUUACAAUAUUAUGCUAAUUUAGUAGGCUUUAAGUUAAGAUUCCUACUUGUAGAUUGUGUCGAGUCAGUUCUGAGUACAAUCUACAAGUUUGAGAUAAAAGUAAAGUGAAAUAAAGCUGCUUUUCACUAAUACAUCUGUAAUCUGCACUGUAGUAAAUUUGACAUACCUACUGCUGCCAAGUAGAUCCCUGCAUCACAUCUCCAAACCAAUAGUUGAAUUUCUGCUUCAUUCACAGCUCCUGCUCAAUUAAAAUAAAGAACAUGUAAACGUU